GACUGACGAGGAGGAGGUGGUAGAGGAGGAGGAGGAGGAGGCCAGCCACCACGGCGAGAGGGGCAAGCUCUUCCAGGACGCCGUGGAGUUCAUGCACCAGCUUCGCGCCAGGUUGCCCAAGCACCGCUUCGGCUUCCUCUAUGAAAACGUCGACAUGGACCAGGCGGCCGCUAAGCCGCGCCUCUGGUGGACCAGCGUGGACUGGACCAGGUUCCCGGCCGACCCCGACGACGGGACGCCGCUGGAGUGGGCCAAGAAGGGCAGGUGGGAGCGCCUGCGCCUCGCGUCCGCGAGGCGCUCGACGGACACCUUCGACUUGGGCGGCUGGACCUUUCACCCGUCCGUGGCGACGGGUCGGCGCCUCAUGCCAUGCGCCACUACGCCGGCACCUACAGAGGAGGGCCGGCCGAAGCCAAGGGCGACCAGAGGAAAGACGGAUCUCAGGUUGUCUGGUUGCCAAGGUGUUUUGGGCAGCAACGUAUGGCUUUGGGCAAUCGGAUUGGAGUUUUGGGUUGAUGCGCAUGUAG